GCUGACUGGUGCCUAUAUUAAGAAGAAACACUAUUUCUUACUCAAGUUUCAUCAAAUGGCUUUUGAAAAGCCAUACCCAAUUUUGCUAUCUCUCUUACUUGCUUUGCUUUCGCAUUCUGUAGUCUCUCAAGCUUCCAAGAACAUAUCCCUGGGCAGUUCACUGACUGCAGUUGAAAAUGGCUCCUUCUGGCCUUCACCAUCUGGUGAUUUUGCAUUUGGUUUCCAGAAAAUUGAGAAAGAUGGGUUCCUACUAGCCAUCUGGUUCAACAAAAUACCAGAAAAAACUGUUGUCUGGUCAGCCAAGGGACAAAAUCUUGCUCCAAAGGGUUCCAAAGUUGAGCUCACUUCAGAUGGUUCUUUCCAACUCGUUGAUCCCACUGGUAAGCAAAUUUGGAGUGCUACCCCUAUAGGAUUUGGAGUUUCUUAUGCUGCUAUGCUUGAUACUGGUAACUUUGUGUUGGUUGGUCAAGGAUCUCAAAAUUGGUGGCAAACUUUUGAUCAUCCUACUGACACAAUUUUACCAGGACAGGUUUUGCAUCAACCUGCUCAACUUGUUUCACACUUUUCACCGAAUAAUUAUUCAAAGGGGAGAUUUAUGUUUGCACUACAAGAUGAUGGGAAUUUUGUGCUUUACACAACUGAUUUCCCAGCUGAUUCUGUAAAUUCUGCUUAUUGGAGUACCCAGGUUUUUGGCAGUGACUUCUCAGUGGUCUUUAACCAAGCUGGUCUUCUAUUUGUUCAAAGAAGUAAUCAAAGUAUAAUCCAAACAAUAUCAUCUCUGAAGGACAUCUCUGCGCAAAAUCUUUACCAGAGAGCUGUUCUUGAAUAUGAUGGAGUCUUUCGGCACUAUACAUAUCCCAAGGGUAGUAACUCCAGUACAAGAAAUCUGCCUAUGGCCUGGUCAAUUCAAUCUGUGACACCUUCAAAUAUUUGUAUGAGAAUUAAUGGACAAACAGGAGGUGGAGCUUGUGGAUUCAACAGCUACUGUAACUUUGAUGGUAAGAACAAAAGUUGCCACUGUCCAGUCGGUUAUAGCAUCAUUGAUCCAAAUGAUGUGAUGAAAGGAUGCAAACAAAGCUUUGUUCUACAAAGUUGUGAUGAACCUUCUUCCGAAGCACACCUUUUUGAUUUCAUUGAGAUGCCUCAUAUCGAUUGGCCAAAUUGUGACUACGAAUACUUCAAACCAGUAAAUGAAGAUUGGUGUAGACAAGCUUGUUUAGAGGAUUGCCUUUGUGUGGCUGCUUCUUUCAACGAUGGGGCAUGUUCCAAGAAGAACCUACCUCUCUUUAAUGGAAGGUUUGAUUCAUCAUUCCCAGGGAAAGCUCUAGUCAAAAUAAGAAAAGGUAAUUCCUCUACUCUGGUUCGUGGAGAUAUUAAUCCAAAGAAUGGCAAAUCAAAGUUAUUUGUUAUUGGCUUGAUACUUUUAGGCAGUUCAGUGUUCUUGAUCUUGCUCUUGGUGGUGGCAGUUUGUGGGGUUUUAUAUUGGUUUCGCCAUACUGAUCAAAGGGUUCCCAAACCAGGUCGAUUUGUGUCAAACAUGAGCCUUAUAAGUUUCACUUAUGAAGAGUUACUAGAAGGCACAAAUGGAUUCUCAGAAGAAUUGGGUCAUGGUGGAUUUUCUGUUGUCUACAAAGGUGUUAUGCCAAAUCUUCAAAAGAACUUUGUUGCAGUUAAAAAAUUAAAAAUGGUGGAUGGAAGUGAGAAGGAAUUUGAAGCAGAAGUGAGUGCAAUUGGUCAAACACACCAUAGGAAUCUGGUGAAACUUUUGGGAUUCUGUAAUGAAGGAGAGCAUAGGCUACUUGUGUAUGAGUUCAUGAGUAAAGGGACUUUAGCAAACUUUCUUUUUGAAGGCAAAAGACCAACCUGGCAUCAAAGGAUGCAAAUUGCAAUAGGUACAGCUAAAGGACUCCUGUACCUGCAUGAAGAAUGCACCUCUCAAAUUAUCCAUUGUGACAUCAAACCUCAAAAUGUCUUGAUUGAUGACUCUUGUACAGCUAAAAUUUCAGACUUUGGUCUGGCAAAGCUAUUGAAGAUUGACCAAACUGUAACUACAACAGCAAUUAGGGGAACUAGAGGGUAUGUGGCAUCUGAGUGGUUCAAACACAAGCCAAUUACUACAAAAGUGGAUGUUUAUAGCUUUGGAGUUUUGUUAUUAGAGAUCAUUUGUUGCAGAAAGAACUUUGAUAGGAAUGUUGAAGAUGAGAAUAAGAUGGUACUGAUAGAUUGGGCAUGGGAUUGCUUUCACUCUGGUAGAUUUGACUUGUUAGUGGAAGAUGAUGAGGAAUUGCUUACUGACAUGAAGAGGGUGGAGAAGUAUGUGCUGAUCAGUAUUUGGUGCACUCUAGAGGAUCCAUUACUGAGACCCACCAUGAAGCAAGUUGUACUCAUGCUUGAAGGAUUCAUGGAUGUGCCAGAUCCUGAUGUUCUGGAAUCUAUUGAAAGCUAAAGGUUAUAUUGUUGGCUCAUGCAAUGUGUGGCUGUGGCGGAUGAUGGGUGUUUGUGUUUUGACUUGAAUAAGAAGUAAGACGAAGGAGGUUGGAAUACUGGGAGAGAGGAUCAUUGAUCGCUGAACCUUUGCAAGCUCUCAAUAUGAUGUUGGUCUUUUUCUUAAAAGGAAGCUCUCAUUUUUCUUUUGUUGUGUUUUGGGCUUCUUUUGCUUUCUUCUUCCGCCAAGUUGCUUUUCUUUUUUGUAAAUUUAAUUUCUUCUUCCGUCAUGUUUCUUGGCCAGGGGUUUGAAUCCAUGACUCCUUAGCAUACCAAAAGUAAUGUGACUACCAAGCCAUUUAGUCAUAUAAUGCAAAGAAAGAUAUAUGUAACAAA